CAAAUCAAAACAUUUAUCAUUACAGUUGUAAUUUAUUCCAUUCAUAACUUGUCUGUUUAGAUUUUGCAUUAUUCUAUUAUCCGAUAGACUUUCACGGCAUUACCGAAUAAAAUUUAUCAUCAUGAGUUUGAUAAACUACGAUGCUUGCCCUUUCGAGAAACAAGAUAUCAGAUGUAAAAUCUGCGAGUGUACUGAAGGGGCCAUGGAGUCUAUUUUCUGUGAAUCCAACAAUGAACGACUACUUGACAAGAUCGCCAGAUGUACGGGUGUCGAGUUAAAACCUGCCUACGGUAUGAUUUCACCUGUCUGUGAGUUUUGCCGCUGCCGUAUCGAUCAGUUUGACGAUACAUUCAAACCACAACAGAAGGAAUAUGUGGUUGAAAAGGUUCGAACCUGUUCGGAAGCGCCCGAUGAUGAUCCUUUUAAUUGUUUGGAGAUAGACGUGAGACCUGACAUUUCUGAAUAUGUCGAUCUUCCGUUUGAAAUUAAAGACGAGGAUUCCUGCGAACUUGGGAACGUACGGGAAGUUGGUGUUGAAGAAGUUUUGAAAAAAGCAAGAGAAAAUUCAAAUUUUUUGAAUCAUUCUCCUCAACCGGAGGCGAAACAUGACGACACGGGGCGACAAUUGAACGGAAAAGAUUAUUCUUCAGGAGAUGAGUACGAUGAUAAACUAGAUGACCACAGUGCCUCAGACGUAGAAAAUUUGAUAGUAGAGCUAUCGGAAAGUGUAGAAAAAGAAAUCUCUACUACUCCAGAUUCGGAGUUAGUUCCACCGAAAAGACCGACUGAAUGUAAAAUUUGUGGAAAGCGCGUUACCUACAUGAGAGAUCACAUGCGGUUACAUAGCGACCAGAAAAAAUUCAAAUGUCCACACUGUGAUCGAUCUUUCACUCAAAGCAACAAUUUAAUUUAUCACGUUAGAAAACAUACUGGAGAAAAACCGUUUCCAUGCGAUAAAUGUGAAAAGAGUUUCAUUUGCAAGUCGCAUUUACUGUCACAUCAGCGGUCCCAUGUGAACGAUCAACCCUUUGUGUGCGAAUUUUGCUCUAAGCGUUUUAAUCAGGCGUGCAAUUUAACGAAACACCUUCGCGUUCAUAGUGGUGAAAAGCCUUACAAAUGUAAAUUCUGCAACAAAGCCUUCAUGAAUCUGUCGAAUAUGAAAACACAUGAAAUGCGACACAGAGGCGAACGAAACUUUACGUGCGACGUCUGCUCUAAAAGCUUCUACGAUAGUCACCAUUUAGAGCGACAUAUAGCAACUCAUUCAACAGAAAAGCAAUUUAAGUGCGCCCUAUGUCCCAAAGCAUACAGAACAGCCAACGCCCUCAAGACUCAUGCUAAUAAUUGCGUACGAUUACAAAUUUCACUCAAAUGCGAUAUUUGCCAAGAAACGUUUCCAACACAAAAGCAGUUGACGCGUCACCAUAAGAUUCAUGCAGAUGCUGAACUUCAAGGAUCAUUACAGUGUCCGGUUUGUUCGCGGGCUUUCAAAAAACCAAAAGUUCUAGAAAAACAUAUACAGCGGGUGCACUCGGAAACUGCCACGCAACAAAUCGACCCGGUCACAGAUUCCCCUCAAUUAGAAGCUGAUCCUCGAAAGUUUCAUCGUUGCGAGGUGUGUUCGAAGGAAUACAUUACAGCUGAAACACUGCAAGUUCAUCUUCGAUUGCACAUGCCAACCGAAAAGCAGUACAAAUGUGAACGGUGUCCACGUUCCUACAGCAAAAAGGAUAAUCUUGCCAAUCACAUACGAACUCAUACUGGUGAAAAACCGUUCGCUUGUGAAUAUUGUGCUUCACUGUUCGACCGGCGAUCCGAUCUUAGGAACCACCAAAUUAUGCACCACAAGCAUGCGUCGGGUGGAGCGUCGAAAAAGGCACGAAAACUUUCGACGAACCCUGUAGCACCGAGAAAUACUCCUCAAUUAAUUGAACUACCACCGGAAGUGCUGCCGGAUUCUGACGAUGUGGUGAUUAAGUUUGAAAUUAAAAAUGUUUGAAACCUGAGAGAAGUUACUUAAUUUAGUGUUUGCAACAAAGCCUUUUAGAAAGUAGAACCGGAUUCAAGACUUAAGCAACAAAGAGA